AUGCCACGAGACGGCGACAUUCCACCUGCCCGCGACCCGCGCCGCUCCCGUCUCAACUGGCAUAUCCGCAAGCCGACGUAUGGACCCAAGCGUCUUGCCGUGAAGAACCACUUCAUUGCAAUGUGCGGUGAGAUGGUGGGAAUGACACUCUUCAUGAUCUUCAGCCUCGGCGGGACGACCGUUGCCAAUAUGGGCGCAACGAGUGUCACGGGCCAAACGCACCCUGGACAAGAUGGCUCAACGGCCACAAUGCCCAACACGUCAAAUCUCCUCUACAUCGCCUUCUCGUUUGGCAUCUCGCUCACCGUCAUUGCGUGGUGCUUCUACCGAGUCUCCGGCGGCCUGUUCAAUCCCGCCGUGACCCUCGGCAUGCUCCUUGUCGGCGCUCUCAGCCCUCUUCGAGCUGCACUCCUGGUCGUCUCGCAGAUCCUGGGCGGCAUCACCGGCUCGGCCAUCAUUCAAGCUCUUCUGCCGGGAACGCUCAACGUCCGAACGACCCUAGCCAGCGGCGUCAGCAUCGCCAGAGGGCUCUUCAUCGAGAUUGUGCGUCCCAAUGUCGCGUCGCUGCCACAACUCCUGACCCCCUCUUCCGCCGACAGUCUACUACUUGCCGCCGAGAAGCAUCGCGGCAAUUUCAUCGCUCCUCUCCCCAUAGGACUCGCUUUACUUUCAAGUGAACUCGUCUCGGUCUACUGGACCGGCGGGAGCCUCAACCCCGCCCGCACUUUCGGCCCCUGCGUCGUCCUCACAGAAUUCUCUCGGUAUCACUGGAUCUACUGGCUCGGCCCUGCCUUGGGAGCGACCAUUGCAGCGGGAUUCUACCGCUUCAUCAAAUUCCUCGAAUACGAAACUGUACUCGGUCCCGAGCAGCCCGACGAGUGCCAUCAUCCAGUCCUUCAGCUCAGGUCGUCGACGACUCCUUCAGCAGAAGGCGUCUCUGCUGGCGAAGGCGUCGAGCCAAGCGAAGGCUACAUGAUCGAAGGCGAGUUUGUCCACUUCAGAGACGAAUGCAAACUGACCCGUCAUACCAUAGGCACCGGCUUCGGAGAACUCCUCCAUUCGACGUCGUCCGAGUCUCGCAAGUCCUCGUCUGGCCAGCACCGGCACCUCUCGCUCCCCGCCUACGACGCACGUUUCGACAGGAUCGAGAACAUGCUGUCUCGCUUGCUCGAGCAAGGCGAGAUGGAGCACGGCGCGCGCGGGUCCGGUCGCAAAGGCAGCCUUGCGACUCUCGUCGAACACCCUCCAUACGAACACGAAAAGAUCUAA